AUGGAAAGUCUAAAACAAGAAGCCAAAAAGCUUUCAGAAGAUUUAGUGAAUCUUGAUAAAGACAUAAAAGAAACAAAAUUUGCAUUAGAAAGUGGGAAAGAGUUUGUCCGCUACUUAGAAUACCAAUGCUACGAUUCAAUGAAAUCUGACUGUUUAUAUUUUCAUGAAAGCUACCUUCUGAAAUACCUCAAUCUCAGAAGGCAGCAGUCAAAAUCACAUAUUUUCUACCAGCAAGAAUGCAAGCCAUUAGUUGACAAAUUUCCAAAAGACUUAGACUUCAAAAAUCAAUCAGAAUUCGAAUCCUACCAAUCAUUUCAUAAAUGCACAAAAACACAUAUAGGACAACUACUAAUCUCUAUGAGAGAAGAAGUAAAGAUUAUAGACGAAGAACAAGAAAGAUUAAAAGAAUAUUUAUAG